UUUUCAACAGGUACACCAGCCCGGCUGGAUGUGUUUCGGUGGUUCGUUAGGAAUUUCUUCCAUAUAAAGCCGUGAUUGGUUGAGUUUUUAAACGGCUUGGUUUAUCAAUCUGUUGUUUGAUUAGUGGGGAUCUAUCGAUAGCUGGACGCACGUGAGAAAAUUCUGUUGGUCACGUUUGACCGUUUGGUACGGAGGUGUGGAUCUAUAAAUAGAAGAGGAGCCUUCAUGCCUUAGUUGUCACUAUCAGGAACCCAAACCAAGAUGGUGAUCCAACGAGGGACGUCACAACCUUUGACCAAAGACGUCCUGUACAUCGGCAGUGCCGUCCCCCUCGUGACGUCAGAGGGCCUGGAGGCCAUCCAGCAGCCUCUCAGCUCCCGGUACCCCGUGGAGAACGAUGACCACAUCGAGGGGAUCAAAUCCUCCCUGGCCAUCCUACCCUCGGGGAUCCAGCUGCAGUAUAAAAACGACCCCAGCAACGUCGUGCUCUUUCCGUUCUCCGCGCUCACAAUGUGCGCGGCUGUCAGGUGCGUGCGGACCAGCAACGCCGCCACCAACGAGACGCAUGCGCGGUUCGUCUCCCUGAGCUCCCCGGAAGCCGGCGGCCUCAACAGCGACCGCCCGGCCAUCUUCACCGCCAUCACGAGACGAACCAAGGGCAGGCAAGUCCUGGAGUGUCACGGGUUCAUCACCAUGACGCCGAAAGACGCGAUGGACCUAGUGCAGUACACCUCUAUCAUGGACAAACGCAGCAAGCAGCCCGGGUUUUCCUCAGAGGUCAGCGGGGUCAACUCCUCCACGUACGAGGUCAGUAAAGGCGACAUCUCCUUCCAGGCCGAGACCGCCUCGCUGCCAGAGUUUCCCAUCCAACUCGUCCCCGGGGAGCCAAUGGCCCAGAACACAUCGCCAGCCUUCUACAAGGAGCCGCCAGCCAGCGGUUAUUUCUACUCGACCAAGAACGCGCAGGUCAAGAAAUACUCCCUGCACAGGUACGCCAACGGCGGCGGGGACGACGCCAGCAGCAUCGCUCCUCCAGUGAUGGAGACGCUUGACCGGCGGUCCGGCUAUGCCGGCUCCCACUACUCGACCGGCGCGGCUCCCAUGCGCCGCCCCAUUAUGGUCCCAGUUCGACCCAUGUUCGCACCUCCACCUCCUACUUUCAUGCGACCUGUUCUUCUACCUCCACCCCGACCCGCCUCAAUGUACGCCUACCCCCGCCCUCGCUUCUUCUCCCCGCCCCCUCCCCCGGUAGUCCGCCCCCUCCCCGUGUUCGUCCCUCCCCCAGUCUACUACGACAACAACUUCCGGUCCUCCCAUCGCCACCACAGCUUCUCCUCACGGUCCUCCUCAUCCUCCCCAGAGACCUCACACAUCAGCGGCCACGCCCCCAGGAGGCACCGGGACCACUCGAGCGACUCGGGGUCGCGACCCCAAACCCCGCCCACAGAUUACGACUCGCCUCGGGGUCCCCGCGUCAGCCGACGCGAGGAAUUUGUCCAACGUCAAAACGGCCACAUCCCGGUCCCCAUGCACUCCCAAAGCUUCUACAUGGUCCCGCCGUACGGCUACUACGGUGCUGUACAGACCCUGGAUCGAAACCGCUCCGCUCCGCCGUACAACGACAAAACCGGCACCAAAAAGAAAGACAAAAAAUCCAAAAAGAACAAAAAAGAGAAGAAAACCAAGUCCAAGAAACGCGGCACCAACGGCGUCAACGACGUGUCCACGGACAGCCUGGCCGGAUCGGAGGCCGGAGCCGAGAACCGGCAACCUCGGGACUUCCGCCGGCUGGAGAACCAGUUCAAGCACGAGCGGGCGUUCUCCAAGUCUCUGACGGAGGAGACCCGGAAGUCAGUCCGCGGGGACGCCGCCCAUGACGCCUACACCCUCAACACCACCGGCGUGGACAAUGAGUUCCCCAUGUACUAGGUACAGUCAGUCAUAUUUUGUGAGAAAGUCAGCUUCUUAUAUGCAAGUCAACUUCUCAUGUGAAAGUCAACUUCUUAUAUGCAAGUCAACUUCUUAUAUGCAAGUCAACUUCUCAUAUGCAAGUCAACUUCUUAUAUGCAAGUCAACUUCUUAUAUGCAAGUCAACUUCUCAUAUGAACGUCAACUUUUUAUAUGAAAGUCAACUUCUCUUACGAACGUCAACUUCUUAUAUGAAAGUCAAAUUCGUAUAAAAUGUAAGGAACAAUACAAAGACUUGAAGUGGAGUUGAACAUGUAGGACAUUGUUGAGCACGCAGAACAUUAUAGGACACUGCAGGACCUUGUAGGAAACUGCAGGACAUUGUAGGAUACUUUAGGACACUGCAUGACAUUGUAUACCACUGAAGGACACUACAGGAUACUGCAGAACAUUGAGGAUACUGUAGGACACUUCAGG